AUGAUUAAAGCCACGAAAAUGUUAAAGAAACCUUCAGCUGAUUUGUAUAAAUCUAAAUUAAAAAUGAAAACUAAUGAAAAACUCGAUCAACGGCAACAACCACUAAAUGAAUCCAACGUUUCUGCUGAUCAGCAACAGACACCUUUGAAAACCUUUAGUUUGAAAGGAAAUCAAUUAAGUGGCAGCAUUUUAAUUGGAAAUUAUAAUUAUUUGACCCAAUUGGAGGUGAGUGAAAACGAAAUGGAAGUCUUGGAUUUGAGUUCUUUGGCACAAUUGGAGACCUUAAAAUGCAGUCAUAAUAAAUUGUUGGAAUUAAUGCUGAAUGGCAGCAAUUUAACAUCAUUGACUGCCGAUUCUAAUUGUCUUCACUCCAUCAAAAUUUCACCCAUUCCCAGUAAAUUAUAUCACGUCGACAUCUCCAACAACUAUUUCACCGAAUUACCCAAAUGGCUUAAUGAAUGUGAGAUGUUGGAAAGCCUCAAUGCCUCUCACAAUCAACUGCAAAAGGUUACCGAAUUUCUGCUCACCAGUAAAACUAAGAAACUACGUGACCUCAAUUUGGCCUACAACAAUUUGAGAAUCAUUGAAAGAUUACCAGAACGUUUUGAAUUGCUGGAGAAGCUGCAGUUGCAAAGCAAUGAAAUACAACUAUUAACCGACAAUUUAUUUGCCAUAACCAGACAAUCGCUAAAGUAUUUAAAUCUAUCGUGCAAUAAAUUACAAAUUCUACCACCUGUGGUAGAGGAAUGGACCGUACAAGAUUUUGUGCUGGAAAGACUGUUUGUAACCAGCAACAAUUUAGAUGAUCGCAUAUUUGAGGUUUUGAAACAGGCUAAAAAUUUAAAAAUACUAUAUGCUGCCUACAACAAGAUCGGUGGUAUAAUGGAUGAGUAUUUAAAGGAGUUGGAGAAUUUGGAGGAGUUGAUGUUGUCGGGAAAUUUAUUGCAACAAUUGCCCGAUAGUGUCUGCAGUUUGAGACAAUUACAGAUAUUAAGAAUGCACUCUAAUUUAUUGUUAUUCACACCUCCAUUGAGCAAAUUAACUUCUUUGAAGGUUUUGGAUUUGGCUCAUAAUCAUUUAGAUCAUUUGGACUUGAUAAGUGUAGUGCCACAAAAUCUAAAAUAUUUGGAUUUAUCGUGUAAUCUUCAGCUGCAAGUCGAUGAGCGUCAAGUGCAGAUUUGUCGUACCCAACGAAAAUGGAGUCUAGUAGAUGUAUCGGGUAAAAAUCGCCUUAAUUUGCCCACUAGCAAAACAGAAGGAAACCAAAAAGAAACCUCGGCUGCAAAUCAGCAGAUACAUAAACCACCCUGGUUGUUGGGUUUUUCCGAAACUCCCGGCAAAUGUCGUAAACUUUUGGUGACCCAAUUAAGGGAAUGUAAAUUUCGCCAUGAUGAGGCUUUAUUUGGCAUGUUUGUUAGCACCUCAUCACAUGCCUCUGCUGCCUCGAAAAUGGCUCAAAUGAUGCCGAAAUUACUGCAGCAAGAGAGAUGUGUCAAAGAGAACAUAGGAGAGUAUAUGAAAUAUACUCUGUUGGCUGCUCAGCAGAAAUUGAGCGAUCAACCUUUAAUGGCAGCCUUGAUAUGUCAUAUUUCAAGGGAAAAUACUCGGUUCAAAGACAUAGUGAGACCCCAUAAAACCAAACGCUAUAUAUUGAGAGUUGCCAGCAUAGGCAAUGCCGGAGCUUAUUUAGUUCGUAGAACUAGUAAUGUGGAACUGGUAUCUAAACAAAAUAACGCUUACUUAAAAAUGCCUUCAUCUGCUCUCACUCUCAAAGAUCCCUGUAUUGCCGAAUGUGUGCUUGGCAAUGAUGAUGAAUAUUUGAUUAUUUGUAAUCAAGGCAUUUGGUCUGUUUUAGAUGUAGAUCGUAUAGCGCGAGAGAUACGUAAAGAGGAAAAUGUGGUGUUGGCUGCCAAACGGGUGCAGGAUAUUGCUCAAAGUUUUGGCUCAAAUGAAAAUCUUAGUGUAAUUGUGAUAAGAUUCAAAAACAUUGGCACCGAUGUGGACUAUCUAAUAAAAGAACUAAAACAGACUGUUAGAAGAAAACCGCAAAUAUUGACUGGGAAUUCUGCAUUAAUGCCGAAUGUUUGUAAAAGAGCCUGUUGCGAUCGCAAUACAAAUUGUCGCCACCGUUUGGGAUCCACGCGCCAAUUUGCCGCAAUUGCAGCCCGGGGUAGUGAUCGUUCCUCGCCCAGCGGCCAAAGUGAUCAAGCCUUGAGUGUGGUUAAUCAUAAGCAGGACAAUGAGAAUGAAUAUAUUCUAGCUCAUGCUAGAGUUUUAGAAGAAACCACCGAAAUGGAAAUGUUAGAUGAAACUGAUUCAGUUCUAUCCGAAGAACAAUUUAAAUGCUGGGAAUAUAUGCUGGAACAAAAUACCCAACUAUUGUUCGAUAAGGAACUAAAUACCAUCUCUAAAUCGUUUACCAAAAAUCGUAAUUCCGAACGUAAAUCCACAAAUCGUUCUCCUGUCGAGCGUUACGAUUACAAAUCGAAUUUACUAAAGACAAAUGCUCAAAAAUUCAUAUCCACCAGUUCUCCACAAUUACUGUACUCCGAGGUAAAGAAGCCCCCUGUUGGACAACAUAAUCACAACCAUCAGCCCACCUCUCAGCAGCAACAGGUCUCCUUUUUGUCUAAACACUUUGGUAGUUCACGCUCAUUUGGUGCUGCCUACAAUUUAUUUACCGAUGGCAAAAGUCGUGACUCGCUGGCCAGUGCUGUGGGCUAUUCGAAGUUGGGUGGUGGACCAAAUGCUGCUUAUUUCGGUUCAUUGCAACGUUUAAUGCCAUACAAUUUGGAAUAUGAUUUUGCUGUAACCCAGGAACGUUCAUUUUUGGAUGAGGACGAUGAUGAAUUGGAUGAGCAUGAGAAUCGUAUGCGUAAAUAUUGGGGUGUUGCCACUACCGAGUUGUAG